CCUCCACUAAGCUAAGUCUUCUCUCUUUUCGCUUUGCUGUUUUGUUCACGAAGCGCCAUGGAUCCGAGUCGCCUGCAAGAGAUUGGCCUGAUCACGGGAGUCUUCAUCAAGCUGGACCAAGGUGUGCCAUACUAUGUGGGGAUGCUCCUGGUCUUUGCGAGCACUUGGUCCUUCUGGAAUUGGGUCGUUUCCUUCAAACUCGUUUGCCCGGCAGCGAUUGAAUUGAUCUAUGAGCCGAACAUGAAGCGUUGGAUGCAAGUUUGCUGGACUCUGAUCCUUCCUCAUGUGGGACCCCUGGGUUUGCUAUGUCCACUGGUGAUAGGUGGACUCCUCUUGGAGGUCUGCACGAUUUGGCCUUAUGCCGUGAACUUCAUACGCCUCCAGCGCAGAAAAGUGGCUACGGCGCCGGACGGCUCCCCUGGGGUUUCCACGCCUGUCGUGGUGGUGCCUGAUCCAGGUGAUGCAGAAGCUGCGCCACCUCCCGUCGUGGUGCAGGCGACGGUCAUUGGUGUUGCUGAUGAAGACAAGGAGGAGCACAAUGAGACGAACGAGAGCAAUAACGUCAUUAGUAGUGGAAAUGAUCCAGAAGCUUGUGCGCACAGCGUGAAGAUUGUUGAGAAGAGAGAGCUCUUCUGAGUCGAUUCCUCGGUGGGCAGCCGAGGAGGAUGGCCUUCAGGCCACAGAAGGUCUUGGAGACGACAUGGUAGACCCGUUGGCAUCACCGCAUGUAUUAUUGGAUCGGUCCCAGAACUGGCCCUUCAGAUGUGGAGACCAGGUCCACCAUGUGGAACGGCUGCCCUUUGUGCCCUGGAGUCUCCCACAAGAUUGUGCUACAACAGCACAGAUCUCGUGCUGUAAUUCAACUUCGCUUCGGCAUCCUGCCUGAAGGCAGAGGCGAGCAUUUGCAGUAGGAAUCUAGGAAUUAUGGCAGCAUUGGCCGCCACAUGCUGUGAGUGACCCGGAUUUUUAAUGCAGGACCAGGCGCAUGCUGGUGCAAGAAUUCCAGAUCAUUCCCACCUUUGUGUGUGUGCUUCCGUUUUGUGGCUUGAAUGCUUGUUGCGAGG